AUGCCCGGACGCCCUGCCGCGGCGUACCCUCCAGUCGCCAGUCGCGAGCCUCAAACCGGCUUCCUUCGACCUUCCAAACGGCUUCGACGCUCACGAGCGACAGCAAAAGAGAAAAUAGAAACAUCGAGUCGGCCCGUGCAGCGGGAUAUCGGCACGAGAUGUGCGGUUACUUCGCCCAUCCAGCGCUCAGAGGGGCGAGUCGCACAUCGCCGCUGGGCUGGUCUGAAGUUUGGGGCAUCAGGAGACCAGACCAUGAAGGGCGCCCUUUUGUUGGUUUAG